UGUUCUCCUCGUAGGCCACGCCCCCCAUCGCCCACUCCUCUUCGGCGUGCCACGGAAGGUCUAAAGUGAUUCCUCUGGGAAGAAAAGAGCGCAAACCACGCGAGCUUGAGCUGCCGAGGAGCCGCAGUCGCUGUAGCCGAGGAGGACUGCCUCAAUUUGCGCCGGGGAAGACUCAGUGAAUAAAGGAAGAGAGGGAAGAGUGAUGUCACCUGGGUGUUUCUUCCUCGCCUGGACUGUUUGUUGCCAAAACUGACAUUUUGCAUUUGUUUUUGGUUUUUUUUUUUUUUUUGUCAGCUUGCACCUUGAUCCGCAGCCUUGUGUUCUCCCAUUUCCCUCCCUCCGCUUUCACUGACACGAGGUGCACGCUGACAGCCUCUCGCCGCUUCCACAUGUCGCAUCUUUUGUUGACUUUGAGAAGCGCUAAAGUGAAAUAGAGCGCGCGACACCUCGCUCCCGUGACAGCGCCUUCAAACGGAGAGUCAUAGGAAGAGAGUGGAGAGGAAGAGAGAGAGAGGGAGAGAGAGAGGGAGAGAGCGUGAAGGUGCGUUUUGAUGUUCGGCAUCCACGAGAGCAUCCACAGGAGUGGGAGUAGUAUGAAAGAAGAGCCCAUGGUGGCCGGCAUGAACGCGGUUCGGACAUGGAUGCAAGGUGCCGGAGUGCUGGACGCCAACACAGCCGCCCAGAGCGGAGUGGGUCUGGCCCGGGCGCACUUUGAGAAACAGCCCCCUUCUAACCUGCGCAAAUCCAACUUCUUCCACUUCGUCCUGGCUUUAUACGACCGGCAGGGUCAGCCGGUGGAGAUCGAGAGAACCACCUUUAUUGAUUUUGUGGAAAAGGAAAAGGAAACGACAGGAGAAAAGACCAACAAUGGGAUCCACUAUAGACUUCAGCUGCUCUACAGUAAUGGCAUCAGGACAGAGCAGGACUUGUAUGUGCGACUAAUCGACUCCAUGACUAAACAGGCGAUCGUCUAUGAAGGCCAGGAUAAAAAUCCAGAAAUGUGCCGGGUUCUGCUGACCCAUGAGAUCAUGUGCAGUCGAUGCUGUGAUAAGAAGAGUUGUGGAAACAGGAACGAGACCCCGUCUGACCCGGUCAUCAUCGACAGGUUCUUCCUCAAGUUCUUCUUGAAGUGCAACCAGAACUGUCUGAAGAAUGCUGGCAACCCUCGAGACAUGAGACGUUUUCAGGUGGUGGUGUCAACUACGGUGAGCGUGGAGGGUCACGUGUUGGCUGUGUCCGACAACAUGUUUGUGCACAACAACUCCAAACAUGGACGUCGAGCUCGAAGGCUUGACCCGUCGGAAGGAACGCAGUCCUACCUAGAACACGCAACCCCCAGCAUUAAAGCCAUUAGCCCCAGUGAAGGCUGGACCACAGGGGGCGCUACAGUUAUCAUCAUCGGGGACAACUUCUUUGACGGACUGCAAGUCAUUUUUGGUACCAUGUUGGUUUGGAGUGAGCUGAUUACCCCACAUGCCAUCCGUGUGCAGACUCCACCUAGACACAUCCCCGGGGUCGUGGAGGUCACGCUGUCCUACAAAUCCAAACAGUUCUGCAAAGGCACACCUGGACGUUUCAUCUACACAGCGCUGAACGAACCGACUAUAGACUACGGCUUCCAGAGGUUACAAAAGGUCAUCCCCAGACACCCUGGAGACCAAGAGAGAUUACCCAAGGAAGUAAUCUUAAAGAGAGCGGCAGACCUGGUGGAAGCCUUGUACGGGAUGCCUCACAAUAACCAGGAGAUGAUUCUAAAACGAGCAGCGGAUAUCGCAGAGGCCCUGUAUACAACUGUGCCGCGAGGGCACAACCAGCUAGCCGGCCUCGGCACUGGAUCCGUCCACGCGGGCAUGAUGGCCGUAAACUCCUUCACUGGGUCGGAAGUGGCUCAAACAGCCAAUCAGGGUUUCAGUAGGACUACAAGCAGUGUGUCCCCUCAUGGUUAUGUCCCCAGCUCCACUCCCCAGCAGGGUAGCUACAGCUCUGUCUCCACUAGCAUGAAUGGCUACGCUAACUCUGGCAUGGCAACCUUGGGCACCUCGCCCAACUUCCUCAAUGGAUCCGCAGGCAACUCCCCAUAUGCUAUCGUCCCGUCCAGCCCUACCAUGGCGUCGUCGACAAGCCUGCCCUCCAACUGCAGCAGUUCCUCCGGCAUCUUCUCCUUCUCCCCUGCUAAUAUGGUGUCCGCCGCCGUCAAGCAGAAGAGCGCCUUUGCCCCUGUCGUACGACCCCAAAACUCGCCGCCGCCCACGUGCACCAGCGCCACCGCUAACAGCCUGCAAGAUCAGUCUUUUGUGGACUCUAGCAAGUACUCAUCAGCCAGCUCCCUGCAGGGCCUGGCCUUCUCCUGAACAGCGAUUCCGGGGAUGAUUGUUCCACCCAUGUAGAGGAUCUGGAAAAGAAGAAUGUUGAGAGGAACAAGACUCGAGUGCGUGUUGUACUCUGGAGCCGAAGUGACGAUAAGAACUCUGUUCAAAACUCAGGCCUUUCCACUCCACUGGGAUUGCGAAGAUGGAACAACUUUGCCAUGUCAUAUCCCUUUUGGUUGAAUUAGUGUAGCUCCGGGAUUCAUUUUCAUGUUAUGUAUCUUUGUUCUUUUGAUUACUGGAGAAGCCAAUUGUAACAUGCACAAACAACGAUUAAAGUGUUUAGCUUGUUUACUUAAAAAAAAAAACCACACACACAGAAAUAAAACAGAAUUAAAAAGAACAAAACACAAGGAUUUUGUUGUAUUAAUGCUGAUUGAAUUCUACUAAAACUGUCACCAUGGAGCUUGUCACAGAAGUUUAAAAACAAAGAUGUGAUGAUUUCGUACAACGUUGAAAAGCCCAAUGACGUGUGUGUCCAGCCAGCAAUGUACUGAAGGAGGGAAGCAAAUAUGACAUUAAAAUAAAUGUGUGAUAUAUUUUUGUAUAUAAAAAGGUGAAUUUUUGGUUUAUUUUGUUUGGCUUUAUUAUUGUUUUUGGGGGUUUUUUUUUGCAAUAGUUCUAGUUUGAAAAAUGUCUUAAGGCAGCUUCUCAGUACAGAAGAUUUAGAAAUACAGCAAGGAUUUGGAUACAAAAGGGGGUUUGUGUAAAAUAUCCUAUAAAUAAUGUAUUUAUCCCUUGUAUUUGUACGUCACCUUUGUUUAGUUGUGUUGUGAACAUACUUCACUGUCUUCUGUUACAUGAAUCACUGUUGUUCUCACUAUUUAAAUGUGACUUCUUUUGGUUUUGUAUGGGACUCACCAACACACCGUUGUCUAUUUUUGUAUAAGUUAAUAAAACGUGUCUGAUGUUUUUUUUUUUUUUUUUUUUUUCCCGGUUCCUUUUGAAAAUGUUUAUUGUAUGGCAAAAAGUAGCAUCUUAUUCAGAGUAUUUGGUUGAAGUAGAUUUUUUUAAAGAAUAUAUACACACAUUAAUAUAUACUGUAAAGAUAUAUCUUUUUGUUUUUCCAGAUUGAUACUGUUAAUAUGCAUGGGUUCUUCUCUCGAGUGGCACUGUCCUUGUGUGUGCGCGUGUGAGCGUGUGUGCACAUUCUUUCUUUCUUUCCCCAUGUUAUUUAUGCUUGCUUACAUACUCUAUCUCUACACACUUGUUUUCUGUCCCUGUAAUCUUUACCAGCAGUCUAGAUGCCUUAACAAUGCAAUUCCAUUCUUCAUUCAAUCACAUGUACAGUUUUCUAGCCUUGCCACAAUUGUCUCUUUGCCACAGAGGAAUUCAUGGGAACUUGGGGGACAAAGCACAAACACACACGAGAACACAAAGAGCCAUAAUUCAACAACAUUCAAAAAUACAGCAGCAAUGGCGCGUUUUGACUUGCUUCAAGGAAUCAUUUCACCUUACAGAACUGUUUAAUUGUAAGUAGCACAGCGAAGCGCUGCCACAGCACAAUCUUAUUACACACAUCGAAUCACAGUUCAGACCUGAGUAGUCCAUCCCUGUGUCGUUCACCCCACGCGUCCACUUUACAACAUGGCUUCGUUUCAAGCUAAACAGGAGCUCAUUUCUGUAGCCUUUUUUUUUUUUUUUAACAAUUGUUUCGUGUGCGUGUGUGUGUGUGUGCGUUCAAGUUGUUGUUGGACAGACAGACAGAGAAUGGGGCUUUUCUCUCUGCUUUUCUGGUUUUGUUAAGGAGCAUUUAAAGAGAGAGGCGCCCGCUGACAGACGGGUGUUUUCAAGCACUUGUGUUGUUGUUCUCUGUGAGGGGCCGCGCCAUAUCUGUUUCACAAACACACCACAGAGGUCUAUUGUCGUACACAAAUGAAUGGCUUCUUUGGAAACUUAGCUCCAUCCCCAUUAUGAUUAUUGGUAAAGUUUUGUACAACGAAAAUGAAAGAUGCAAACCAAAUAGCCGGUGUCUAUUUUUUUUUUUUUUUUCCUCCUCAGUUGUUUUUUCCCGUUAUGUUUUUCUGUCCGUGACUGCAAAUACACUACAAAGCUCUAAGAGAAGGGGAAAAAAAUCUACUGUAUAGAUUGUUAUUGUUUUUGAUGAGCUGUAAGAUAACUUUUGGACUCUCACAAUGUUGAAUUAAAGUUACCUCUUGUCUGUGA